AAGACAAAAAAAACCAAACAGGAAAAAAUACUUCAGCACUUCCUUCUGUGGUAACAAACCUGUCUGUCGCAAACCGGUUUGAACUGAAAGUAACAUCUACAGCAUCCGGUUUGUGAAAAGACCAUCAUUUUCACUGCUUGGGGAGUGAGCUAAGAGGUACAGUUACAGAGUUGUGGACAACCAGAAAGUGCUUUUGGACUUAAUGACCAAAUGCCUUUCUGAAGAUGGAAGUUCAGACUCCAGAUCACGGAGCUCCUGUCCAGACCAACAUCACAGCUCAGACAGGAGGAACUGCUUGUGCUCCUGUGUUUGAUGGGAGUACUAUUCAGUCGCUGACAGUUAUAAACAACAUAUAUGGAGCUCAGAAAUCUUCCACGCCCAGCAACAGCACAGGUCAGGAUGGAGACACUCCUGGUGAUCAAGCUAUUACUGAAGAAAAUCUCACUGUAUAUAAACAAAAACACAAAGACCAACUGAGGAACAAAUUAAAAACUAUUAGUGAAGGAAUCUCAAAGCAAGGAAUCUCCACACUUCUGAAUGAGAUCUACACAGAGCUCUACAUCACAGAGGGUGGGAGUGGAGAGGUCAAUAACGAACAUGAGGUGAGACAGAUUGAAACAUCUCCUAGGAGACGAACAACACAGGAGACAGCCAUUAAAUGCAAUGACAUCUUCAAACCCUUACUAGGACAAGACAAACACAUAAGGACUGUACUGACCAGAGGAAUCGCUGGAAUUGGAAAAACAGUCUCUGUGCAGAAAUUCAUUCUGGACUGGGCUGAAGGAGAAGCAAAUCAGGAUAUUGCUUUCAUAUUUCCACUUCCUUUUAGGGAGCUGAAUUUGAUGAAGGGGAAAAAGCUCAGUCUGAUGGAACUUCUUCAUUGCUUUUUCCGACAAACAAAGGAUUUUCAAUCGAUAGAGAGUGAUGACUACAAAGUCUUAUUAGUGUUUGAUGGUCUGGAUGAAUGUCGACUUCCUCUAGACUUUGAGAACAAUGAGAGCUUGUUUGAUGUAACAGACAAGGACUCAGUAGAUGUCCUGCUGACAAACCUAAUAAAGGGGAAUCUGUUCCCUUCUGCUCUCCUCUGGAUAACCUCUCGACCAGCAGCAGCCAAUCAGAUCCCUUCAGAGUGUGUUGACCAGGUAACUGAGGUACGAGGGUUCAGUGACCCUCAGAAAGAGGAAUACUUCAGGAAAAGAAUCAGGAAUCAGAACAUUGCUGAAAAGAUCAUUGAACACAUGAAGUCAUCAAGAAGCCUCUACAUCAUGUGCCACAUACCAGUCUUCUGUUGGAUUUCAGCCACUGUUCUAGAGAGAAUGCUAAGUGAAGCAGUGAUUGAGAAGAUCCCCAAGACUGUUACUCAAAUGUUUACUAAAUUCUUGAUCUUUCAAAUCAAACAUAAGAGUCAAAAGUACCAAGGAAAAUGUGACAUUGAUACUCACAUGACAAAAGAGAGUAUUUUGGGCUUAGGAAAAUUGGCUUUCCAACAGCUGGAAGAGGGCAACCUGAUCUUCUAUGAGGACGAUCUGAAAGAGUGUGGCAUUGAUGUCAAAGAAGUGUCAGUGUACUCAGGUGUCUGCACUCAGAUCUUCAGAGAAGAGUUUGGGCUGGAACUGGGAAAGGCUUUUAGCUUUGUGCAUCUGAGCGUUCAGGAAUUUCUGGCUGCUUUAUUUGCAUUUCUUUGCUUCGUCUUAAACAAUACAAAUGUGCUGAUGCAAACCACAGGAUUUUUUAGUGCUUUCAAAAAGUCAAAAAUGUCAGACGUCCUCAAGUGCGCAGUUGAUAAAGCCUUACAGAGUGAUAAUGGACACCUGGACCUUUUCCUCCGCUUCAUUCUGGGUCUCUCUUUGGAGUCCAAUCACACUCUCUUACGGGGCAUACUGCCCCUGACAGGAAGCAUCACUUAUAGUAAAGAGGAAAUAGUUGAAUACAUCAAAAAGAAGAUCAGGGAAAAUCCCUCUCCAGAGAGUACAAUAAAUUUGUUCCACUGUCUGAAUGAAUUGAAUGAUCAUUCCUUAAUGAAGGAAGUACAAACAUUCUUAAACAGAGGAGGUGGCAAUUCUCUCCAUGCAUCUAAACUCUCUCCUGCUCAGUGGUCAGCAGUGGCAUAUGUUUUGCUGAACUCAGAAGAGGAGCUGGAUGAAUUUGACCUGAGUAAAUAUGACCCAUCAGAGGAAUGUCUUCUGAGACUGUUGCCAGUGGUUAAAGCAUCCCAAAAAGUUGUAACACGUGGUUGUAAUCUGACUGAAAAAAGUUGUGCCGUUCUGGCCACAGCUUUCAGUUCAAACUCCUCAUGUCUGAGAGAGCUGGACCUCAGUGACAAUGAACUGCAGGAUUCAGGUGUGAUGGAACUCUGUGCUGGACUGGAGAAUCAUAAUUGUAAACUGGAGAAACUGGUGCUCCACAAAUGCAGUAUUACAAAUAAAGGCUAUGCUGCUAUUUUGUCAGCUCUAAAAUCAAACCCAUCACACCUGAGAGAACUGAACCUGAACAAUAAUGAUCCAGGAGAGACGGCAGUGAAGCUGCUCUCUAAUCAACUGGAGGAUCCGCACUGUAAACUGGAGAAACUACAGCUGUCUCACUGCAAUAUUACAAAGGAUGGCUGUGCUGCUCUACUUAAAGCUCUAAAAUUAAAUCCCUCAUCACAUCUGAGAGAACUGAAUCUGAGCUAUAAUCAGCCAGGAGACUCAGGACUGAAAGAGCUCUGUGCUGUAGACUGUAAAUUAAAAAAACUACAGCUAUGUUGUUGCAAUCUCACAGACAGAGCCUGUGUAGUUCUGGCCUCAUUUAUGAGCUCAGAGUCCUCAUGUCUAAUAGAACUCAUCCUAAAUGAGAAUAAUCUACAGAAUUCAGGAGCAGAGCUGCUUUCUUCUGGACUGGAAAAUCCACACUGUAGACUGGAGACACUGGGGCUGUUUAACUGCAGUAUUACAGAGGAUGGCUGCAUUGCUCUGGUUAAAGCUCUGAAAUCAAACCACUCACACCUGAGAGAACUAAAUCUGAGUGGGAAUAAACCAGGAGAUUCAGCAGUGAAGGAGCUCUCUGAUCGAAUGAAAGAUCCACACUGUAAACUGGAGAAGCUACAGCUGUGUGACUGCAGUUUAACAGAGGAAAGUUGUGCAGCUCUGGCAUCAGUUCUCAGUUCAGAGUCGUCACAUCUGAAAGAACUAAACCUGAGUUACAAUAAAGUGCAGGAUUCAGGAGUGAAGCUGCUCUCUCCUGGGCUAGAGAAACCACACUGUAAACUGGAGACACUAAGGCUGUGUAAGUGCAGUAUUAAAGACGAAGGCUGUGCUGCUCUGGUUGAAGCUCUGAAAUCAAACCCCUCAUCACAGCUGACAGAAUUAAAUCUGAGCUUUAAUUUUCCUGGAGAUGCAGAACUAAAGGAACUUUCUGAUCUACUCAAGGAUCCACUCAGUAAACUGGAUAAAAUACACACCGGGACAUAAAACAUAAGACCUCGAAUGAGUUCCACAGGAUGUUAUUAGUUGAGCUGGGGGAAUUAUGUUGUGUACUGCAUUACAGUUUAAACUAUUUUUCUGUUGUUCUAAACUAAUUUAAAAAGACAAACAAGUUCCACCAUUCAAGGAGUAACCUGUAUAUGUAAGCAUGCUCAAAUUAAUAUUACGUUAUUUUAAAAAAUGCUCUUAUUGGACUGGACACUUCAAAUGUUUUUUUUUUUUAAAUGCAUUUGCCAAAUUUAUAAUUUUUUAAAAAUAGGCUGUUUUGUCCAAAGCAAAGGCUAGAAGGGAAACAUACCUUUUCUGUUUCUUAAUGAUUACUAAACAAUUAGCCAGCAAUCAAUACAGUCCUUGUAAAUGGAAUAAGUAAUAAGUUAUAAUGUUAUAAAUACGUUUAAUAUGUGUAAAUGAGUGUUCUGUAAAUUUUUAUUUUUUGAGUAAUAAGUUAGAUAUAAGUUCACUGUAAUGUUUGUUAUGAGCAUAAUUAUAUGAAUUCAUAAUGAUCAAACAUUGGAACAGUCUAAUAAACAACUUACAAUACAAUUUACAAGAAAGCCUUAAAUUACUUCAUUGUAUUUUGCCCUUGUCCAUGUUUAACAGUACUCCUAAACUCUUAAAAACUCUUAAAACCUUACUCUUAACAUUACUCUAGAAUCAUGUCUACAUUCCUGUUCAGCUGAGACCUAGUUAAACAAAUCCGACUACAGAUAUUUACUGUAAGUUCAUAUACAUAGCAUUUGAUUUAAAACACAUUUGUAAAUUGGUUUAAAAACAUAAUAGCCCCACCUCCUUAUGGAGUAUAAUCAGACCUAGAAAUGUAGCUUUAUAAUUAAAACAUUAUAAUAAGUUGUAUCAUCAUCCAAAUUAAUCUUUGACAAAUCAAGAAGGUUUAUUUGCAUAAUUGUU